AUGUACAACGCGAACGCAUAUCCCAACGCCGAUCAGACUGGCUGUGAUGAGUGCCCGGCUGGCGAGCAGCCAAACGACGAGAACACAGGCUGCGAGCAGUGCCCAGCCGGGACCUUCUCCGAUGGCUCUGCUGUCUCCCCGGUGAGUCGCGUCUGCAAGACGUGCAGCAUUGAAAUGUACAACGCGAACGCAUAUCCCAACGCCGAUCAGACUGGCUGUGAUGAGUGCCCGGCUGGCGAGCAGCCAAACGACGAGAACACAGGCUGCGAGCAGUGCCCAGCCGGGACCUUCUCCGAUGGCUCUGCUGUCUCCCCGGUGAGUCGCGUCUGCAAGACGUGCAGCAUUGAAAUGUACAACGCGAACGCAUAUCCCAACGCCGAUCAGACUGGCUGUGAUGAGUGCCCGGCUGGCGAGCAGCCAAACGACGAGAACACAGGCUGCGAGCAGUGCCCAGCCGGGACCUUCUCCGAUGGCUCUGCUGUCUCCCCGGUGAGUCGCGUCUGCAAGACGUGCAGCAUUGAAAUGUACAACGCGAACGCAUAUCCCAACGCCGAUCAGACUGGCUGUGAUGAGUGCCCGGCUGGCGAGCAGCCAAACGACGAGAACACAGGCUGCGAGCAGUGCCCAGCCGGGACCUUCUCCGAUGGCUCUGCUGUCUCCCCGGUGAGUCGCGUCUGCAAGACGUGCAGCAUUGAAAUGUACAACGCGAACGCAUAUCCCAACGCCGAUCAGACUGGCUGUGAUGAGUGCCCGGCUGGCGAG